AUGAUGAUACAACAAACAAAACCUCUCCCUGAUUUCUAUGAGGCUCGUUCCCGCCUUAUUCUGGAAGAAACUAGAAAGGCUAAUAAUGCAGCCCAAUCGGCUACAACUGAUGCAACAGCUCUUAAUACUCAAACCUCCUACAACACACGCCCUACCUACCAGGUUCAAGAUUCAAACAGCAACAUCAACAUCAACAGGGGACGUGGCCGUGGAAGGGGCGGACGUGGUCGUGGUCGUGGGAGAAGGGGAGGCGGUAACUUUGGAGUGGGUCGUGGCCAACAGCAGCCACUGUGGCCUUCUCCCUACACCCAACAAUGGUCAACUUCCCACUCUUUAUCUCCUUUCUCCCAACCUUGGGCUGCUCCAUAUUCGUGGCCUCCUACACACACACCACCUUGUCCCUACCCAACCAAUCAGCCCCGCUCCACUGCUUCGGGUUUGUUGGGUCCAAGACCUUCUACACAGCAAGCAUAUGCCACAUCUGAAAAUUCCUAUACCCCAACUAACUUGGAACAAGCAUUUCAUACCAUGAGCCUCCACCCACCGGACCAGAACUGUUCUCCUACCGGUACUACUCCAACAUCGCCCCCCCCCCACCCAGCAACACCACCGGCCCUUUCACGACUUCCGAAACCUCCCAUACAAUUCACCUAUAUCCGGCGCCCCAAACAACAUGGACAUUCAGAUGCCACAGAAACCACCAACACCACCGAACCCAUCCCAGAAACCACCAACACCAUAGAAACCACCAACACCACCAAACCCAUCAUCACCUCCAAUAUUCCUACCCGUACCAUAAAAACUCGUAGCAUGUCCGAGAUCUCCAAACCUAAAUGUAACCUUAACCUCCAUGCCUCCACUCUUAUCUCUCCUAUUCCCAAAAACCCAACCGAAGCCUUGAACAAUUUGGAUUGGAAGAACCCCAUGCUUGAUGAAUUCCGGGCAAUUAUCGACAAUAAGACAUGGGAACUUGUACCAAGACAUCCUCACAUGAACAUUGUCCGGAAUAGAGGUUCAGCUACUGAUGUCAGGUUCACACCAAGUCUGGUGUACACCAAGUCUGGUUUACACUCACACACAACACCAUCCAAGUUCUACACUAUCGACUGUGAAAGGCCUAAAGAAGGUAUCAGUGCUGGUCGCCCCUUACCCUUCAAAGUUGGACCUGGUGAAUCCAUCCGGAUUCUAACUUCUGUGCAUGGAGUGGUAUGCAUUGGCAUAUACAAGGUUCAAUGUGGGGCCUAUAGAUAUAACAAUAUUGAUAAAUACUCUGAUCUAAUUCUAUGGAAUCCAGCGACGAGCGACCAUAAGACGUUGUCUAGACCCAGUCACUGUUCUCAUCCAGACUGUUACAUGAUCACUGAUCAAAGUCUCUUUGGGUUGUAUUAUAGCUCGUGGGACGAUGACUACAAGCUUCUACGAGUAACCCCACAUCCCGAUGUUUAUAUAUACUCUUUGAAAUCCGACUCAUGGAGAAAGGUUAAGUCGGACUUCCAGCGUACUGGUGUACGCCAGGAGUGUUUAUCAUAUUUUUGGGGGCCAAAUGUUUCGUUGAAUGAAAACAUAUAUUUUUUAGAAUAUAAUGUUGAGGAGUCAUAUUCAGUUAUGAGUUUCAACACGAAGACUGAAACAUUCAAAUCGAUAACAACUCCGUUUUGGGGAAAUCAAAAGAUAACUUGGUUGAUCUUCACGGUUCUAAGAGAUGGGUGCAUUCAUUUGUGGGUGAACAUUGAAAAGUCUUUCAGGUUAUAUGAGAAUGAGUUGUGGAGGAUGAACCGAGAUGGAGAUUGGACCAAGGUACAAAAUUCGGGCACGAUAUUGAGUGAGCCACUUUGGAAUGGCCAUGGACUGCACUUGAUGAGGAAUUGA